AUGGCAGAUUCUUUCUUCGGGUUCGAUACUUCGUUAUCGAACUUAAAUGAUGAUGAAGGAGGUGGGGAGCCCUCAGAAGACGAAUAUGACGCGCUUAAUGACGAGACCUUCGGUCAAGGUUCUGACGAGUUCGACUGGGAGGUGGAACAUGAACAGCUGGCGGAACAGCUGGAGAGCAGCCGCAGACAUCAUGGCGGCAUCGACGACCUCGCCAACACACAGCUCGAGGCAUCGCUAUCCCAGCUAGUGCUGGACGAGACGGACGCGCCGCAGUCAAGGACUAUCGGCUCCAGUGUAUGGAAACAUGACCCUAUCUUCCCGAGCGCGCCCACACCUGUACAAGGACUUAAGAAUGUAUGCACAGUGGAGGAGUUGGAGCGUCAGCUGCGACAGAAGCAGGCGCAGCCUUCUUUCAACCAGAACUACUUCCAGCCAAGAUUUCCACCGGUGAUACUACAAAGGCCGCCUGGUUUGCAGGCGCCCGUACCAUUACCAUUCGCACCACAACAACCAAUGUCCCACGGCAUGAACCAACCACUCAGCAAACUUAUGAACCAAAUGGGACAAAAUAACCAACUCAUACAAAACCAUGUCAAUCAACUCAAUCAAGGCGUUUCUCCUUUCAUGAAUAACCAAAUGAGUAAUCAAAUGAACAACCAAUUCCAAAAUAACCCCAUCGGUCCCGGAAAUAACCUUAUGAGUCAGUUAUCACAGAACUUAAGUGUUCACCAAAUAAGCAAUAAUCAGAUGAUGGGUCAAAAUGUCAACCAAAUGAGUCAGAAUUUAAGUAUGACACAAAGUAUGGGACAGUUGGGUCAGAAUAUGAAUCAGAUGAGUCAAAACAUGAACCAAAUGAGUCAAAUGGGUCAGAAUGUCAACCAAAUGAGUCAGAUGGGUCAGAAUGUUAACCAAAUGAGUCAAAACCAGAUGGGACAAUCUCAGAUGAGUCAAAACCAAAUGGGUCAGAGUCAGAACCAACUGGGUCAGAAUCAGAUGGGACAAAACCAGAUGAGUCAAAACCGUAUGGGUGAUAUGUCAUCAAUGUCACAGAAUAUGAAUCAAAUGGGCAACCAUUUUUCGAAUAAUCAGAUGAAUCAGAGUCAUAACCAGAUUAUGCCAAAUGGUAACCAGUUUGGGAUGAACCAGUUUCAACAUAUGAUGGGUCAGCCAAGGAUGAUGGCGCCGCCUCCUGGUAUCAACCUGCAAAGACAAAACUUUAAUUCCAAUAUUCCACAAGUUAAUCUUAAUUUUCGCCCCUCAUUACCAACAAAACCAGAGCCACCACUAGCCCAACAAAACAUGAUGAUGAACCAACAAAUGCUAAUAAAAAACCAACAACAACCACUAAACAAUAUUAAAACCUCAAACAGCAACCAAAUGAGUCAAAUGAACCAACUCAACCACGUAACCACGCAACCACAACCGAAAACCAUACAGAAACCGGCCCAGAAAGAGCAGAAAGUUCAAAAAAGUCGAGUUUAUAACAACUCUAAGAACCAAGGUCAAAGUCAAAGUCAAAAUCAAAAUUUGACUUCGCAGAAUUUGGUUCAGUUGAUUCAAAAUACGCAUCCGAUGUUGCAAUUCAACAAUAGUUAUCAUAAUGCGAAUCAUCAUCCUAUGUUGAAUAAUAGAAAUAGUGUUUUUACGAACAGCCAAUUUAAUCACCCAAUGUUCAACCAUAGGGUCAAUGGCGUUUAUAAUAAUAGACACGCGGUAAACGGAGACGACGCUAGUGGUAGUGACACUGACGAGUACGCGGGUUUGAUGACUGCGCGGGAGAAACAAUGGCUGAUCAAUAUACAGAUGCUGCAGCUUAACACCGGCACUCCUUAUAUACACGACUUCUAUUACACGGUGUUCUUAGAGAGACAAGCGAGUAAAGAAAAGGAAGGCGUAAAGGAGGCUCACAAGGCGAACCAGCAGAAUCAUCCAUUCUAUAGCGGAGGUGUAAAGCAAGAGACCCACACGCACCGCGAGCGUCACAACUCGAACCGCCACAACUCCACCAGCGAGGACACCGCCACGCCGCGGACAUACGUGCCCACGCAGUUCGAGAACUCGCUUGGGAAGCUGCAGUGUGGCAGUGUAACGGCGCCACGUAAGAUUAUCGAUGUGGAAGUAGUAGGAGCGGACGCGGCCCCAUCACGUAUGUCGAGAGCUUCUAGCGUCGCCAGUACCACGCAUCCCACUGAGGUUCCCAGAGAAAUGAAGAGGACGAAACAGUUGUUACUUGACAUAGAGGCGCUUUACUUAAUAUUAUUACGGCUGGAGGAGCUCAACGACCCUCUAGCGAUAUCCAACGCGCUUAUAUUGAAGGAAAGGGAAGAAAAACAGAAGCAACUAGAAGCAGCGCAGAAGGAGGAGAGCGAACAGCAAGAGGUAGCCAACCUGUUCCUCAAGAACAUAGAGUCUGUUCAGCGCAGGCCUAAGCAGGACAGUCCCAAGAGCGAGAGUAUUGAUAAACGACAGGUGGUAAACCUAGCAGUGAACCAGAAGCCGGCGCCCUCGAAGAACUUGCUGGACGAGGACAAGGACGACCUCGUCAACAAGAUGUUCGCCGGACUACUGCACAGCGACAGGGUGCAGCAGAUGCUCACUGUUAGGAAGGGACGGACAUUAAUAUCUCGCUUCGUGGCCCGUGUCCCCGCGUCCCACGUGCGCCUGAGGUCUCUAUGGUGCAAGUUGCUGCGAGGUCUGCCGGCCGCCGCCAGGAGGGAUCCUAAUAACUUGGCGCCAUUAGCUACGCAUUAUCGGAAUUAUAUACAAACGACAACUGGCUGGUCCCCCAUCCUGGAGUCCUGCAGCUUGCUGGCGGAGGCCUUCGAUCCUGCCAGGACACCUUACGCGUUGACUACACCUUUCACCCUAAGCUGCGUCUGCGCACUAAUGGAGAAAGCAGCGAUACUAGUAAACACGCCCGAAGCGACCUCUAAUGAGCGCCAGUGGUCGAAAUUCCUCAAAACAUUAGCCAGAGCGCUCAAAAACACAACUUUAAACGUGGCUAGACCUCUGCAGCCUAUAUCUGGCAACAAAUUACUGUAUCAUAUGAAGCAACUAGAUUCGAGAAGCACUAUAGAAAUCCUACAAAGAGGUAAGACGGCGGAAUUUGCGGAUAUAUCAAAAUCUGAGGUCACUGAACAGUUACUCAAGCACCUGUGUUGA